AUGGCUACGGUUCGGCCGGUGGGUCUUCCUCCUGGGCGGGACACGGGAGGGACUUCGUCCGUAUGGCGUUUCUUCCUCGUUCUCUCCCUUGUCCUUCCCCUCUCGCUCGUCUCUCCCGUGGACUCUAAGAAGAUCUUCAGCCCGCGUGAGUUCUGCUGCUUUCUCCCUCCUUUCUCUCGCUCCUCUCUCCCUUCUCGCUCGUCCCUCCCCUCUUUCACCUCUCGCCCCUCUCGCUCCCCUCUCGCUCGUCUCUCCCGUCCAUUCCUAGACGAUCUUCAGCCCCCAUGGCUUCUCUCCUUACCCUCUCCUCUCCCGUUCCCCCUUUCGUCCCUUCUCCCUGCGUCUUCUCCAGCAAUCUCAGCCCUAAGUGCCAUGCUUCCUGAACGUCAUAGUGGGAUAUUCGGCUUACCCAUCCUUCCCUCCUGUCCCUUUCCCACCCUUCCCUGCUUGCUCACCCAUCUCUGCCCUCCACCAGCCCCCGCCCAGCCCAUAAUCAUGUGCUCAUUGAACGUCAUAGUGUGCGGGGCGAACGGCCAGAUGUACCCGUGCAGGGAGAUGGCUCCCAAAGGAAUGACCACCACCACCGACCUCUCUAAAUGUCGCCCCCCUGGCGAUGUGAUCGUGACGCCGUCAGAAGCCCAAUGCCCCGUUAAAGCCCCCAAGGUGUGUGCUAGUGACGGGAGGAACUACCCCUGUGCUGACGUGGCACCCAAGGGGCUGCUGACAACGACUGACCUCAGUGCUUGCCAGACACCUCACAUCCGCGUUAAAAGCUUCCCCAGUAUGGUGGGUGAGCAGCUACAUGAAAAAGGACUGCAGCAGCACCACGGGUAG